AUGUCGCCACUUAGCGCAGCCAUUAUCCCCUUCGCCGCCGCCGUCCACUUCCCGCCAAAACCCCCCAAUUCACCACCAGUCUCACAAUCGCCCCAUUGCUCCUCCCCCGAACACAACCACCCAAUUUCCCGUAGGGGUUUCGCCGUUUUACUCUCAUCAAUCGUCACUGUCCCACUCCCUUAUGUCCUUCUGCCAACUCCUCCAGCCACCUCAAUCUCCUUCGGCAUCUCAGGACCUAAAGAAUGGCUGAGAGAGCAGAAGAAGAAAACUGCGAAAUUCCUGUUAGCACCUGUUGAUGCAUCGCGGAACAUACUUCAAUCUGCCUUCAUCUUACUUAUGAAAAGCGAGUCGGAAUUCGGUGGAAAUGAUUGGGAGGAUUUUCAGAAGUUGCUUAAAUCUGCAGCUAGGGAUUGUGUUCCUCAGGAUAGGAAUUCCUUUGUUGAGUUUCAAUCCAAUACCGGAGUUGAGGUCUGCACAUUCCGGUUGAUUGUGAAAAAUGCUGCUUCUUUGCUAGAUGAUAAAGAUCCUAUAAAGUUAAAAGCUGAAGCCAAGCUCAGUGAUCUCAUAAGAUCUUUUGAUGUUCUUAGCGGCAUGGCGAGAGAUACUGAUAUUCAAGUUGCUUCUAACAGUAGGCAAAUAAUCGCAGAUGCACUCCAGGAUACAAUAUCCUCUCUGAACGACUUUGAGCAGGGUAUAAAGAACUGCCUCGAAGUUUGA